CCCGCGUCUGCUAGAGGUUCUGGAAUUCGACUGAUUAGCGACUGGAUGGAAAUCGUACGGGAUGAAAACAUGGUCGCGCAGAAGUACAUAAGUCGUCCUCUGCUCAUUGACGGGUGUAAGUUCGAUCUGAGAAUUUACGCCUACGUCACUAGUCUCAAUCCGCUGCGUAUCUACUUGUUCGACGAUGGCAUUGUUCGUUUCGCUAGUUCCAGCUAUUCAGACAACCUUGAUUCCCUGUCAAACCAGUACAUUCACCUUACAAACUACAGUAUUAAUAAAAAUGCGUCUCUGAAUCAGGGAUCGACAAAUAUUGGCUUGAAAUGGUCUCUGCGGCAGCUGUGGAAUUAUUUGGCAGAAAAGGGAUGGGACGUGCCAAAGGUGAUGGAAAGAAUCGUCGAUUUGGUCAUUAAAACGUUUAUCUGGCAAGUGUCUUCCUUACGCAAGUUUACUGCGUUGCUAUGGUGUUUCGAGCUAGUGGACUUAAUCUUUAUAGUCCUGGAAUCAGGAUUCUGUGAACCCCCAAUGAGCCAAUUUGUGGUUAAGUUUACAUCGUUGCCGUCGAUUUGCCAUGAACUGUUCGGAUUCGAUGUUAUUCUGGACAGCGACUUGAAGCCAUGGCUGGUCGAAGUGAACAUAUCGCCAAGCAUGCAGUGUAACUCGCCAGUCGACUACACUGUCAAGGAACCGUUAAUCACCGACGUGCUGAAUCUCUCUGGCAUUCAGGUUCCCCCGCCCAAUGCAUUCAAAAGUGCGCGAAAGUCCAUUUUGCAAGUUUCGCUAUACGAAAAUCUGGAUUGCCGCUUCUUAGAUUUUAGGAUCAAGCCCCGGUUUCACUUACUAGGUGACAAAGACAAGAUCAAGUCCAGUUUGUUUCUGGAAAAGUAUCUAAGGACUGCGGUAGAGGUGGAUCCAUCGAUUUUAAGCGAUCUAACUCCAAGCGAUUUGCGCGUUUUGAUAGACACAGAGGACGAGUUGGAUCGAAGAGGUCGCUUUCAGCGUGUGUUUCCGGCACCGUUGUCGUCGAAGUACUUGCGAUACUGUGAUCCGCCAAGAUAUUAUAAUCUAUUGCUGGACGAGUGGACAAGGCGAUUCUCUGAAGAUCGUGAAUCUGGUAUUUUUAUCGAGUAG